GACGACUUUAAAACGACAGACUUGCCAGAGAACAGAAACAAAAAAAAAACUAGGACGCCGCACGUUUUAAUUUCUGGAGGUGAAAGGUCAGUGGUGAAGAUCAGACUAUGAAGAGCGCGCAUCCGCUUCACAUCGUCUCCCCACUUAGAGAGAGUGUGUCCCUGUCACAGGGAGCAGGUACAGCUGUAUACCUGAAGUUGGAUUCAUGUCAGCCUACAGGCUCGUUUAAAAUCCGAGGCAUCGGCCACUUGUGUAAAAUGUGGGCAGAAACUGGCUGUACUCGAUUUGUCUGUUGCUCAGGAGGCAAUGCUGGCAUGGCUGCUGCCUAUUCCGCACGGAAGUUGGGACUGCCUGCCACCAUAGUGGUACCCAGUAUUACCCCUUCAGCCACGGUGCAAAGACUUUCUGAUGAAGGUGCUGAUGUCAUCAUUCAUGGAAAAUCACUGAAUGAGAGCCUUGAAUUUGGCCAGCAGCUUGUGUCUAACAACCCUGACUGGGUAUUCAUCUCUCCCUAUGAUGAUCCCCUUAUUUGGGAAGGUCAUACCACUCUGGUAAAGGAACUAGAGUCCCAGCUGGAUGGGAAGCCAGGAGCAGUAGUUUUGUCUGUGGGAGGUGGUGGCCUCUUGAAUGGAGUCGUGGAAGGUCUCCGCCAUGCUGGAUGGGAAGAUGUCCCCAUCAUUGCUAUGGAAACAGUGGGUGCUCACAGCCUCAAUGCAGCCAUGAAGGCAGGAGAGCUGGUUACACUGCCCUCCAUCACUAGUGUUGCUACCACACUGGGCCUUACACGAGUAUCAUCUCAAACAAUGAAGCUUGUGAGUGAGCACCCUGUUUACUCAGAGCUGGUCACAGAUCAGGAAGCUGUUUGGGCAGCUGAGCGUUUCAUUGAUGAUGAAAAGAUUCUGGUUGAACCUGCUUGUGGUGCUGCUCUUGCAGCCAUCUACUGCAAUAUCAUUAAGCGUCUGCAGAAGGAGAAUAAAUUGUCUCAGGUGUUGGGGCCUGUAGUGGUGGUUGUGUGUGGUGGCAACAAUAUUAGCAUUGAGCAAUUGCAGAGACUGAAGAAACAAUUGGGAAUGAUUGGCUAGACAAGGACACAUAUCUAGGCAACAAAGUAACAAUGUAACUUAAUGAACAACCUAAAUUUGAAUUUUGAAUUAAAAUUUGAAUUUACUAGUACAAUAUACUUUCUAUAUUUCUAUAAUAACCAGAGUGGUGCUUUUUUUUUUUGAAAACCAAUAUGCUCUUAAAGUAAAAAUUCACAAUUUGUUAGCAGAUCUAGAAAACAUUUAAACUGAAAAAUGCUGCAUUAGCAUUCAGUAUUGCAGAUUAUCUGUAAUGCAUUAGUAUUCAGCCUCUUGGACCAGUACUGCUACGCACUUUGCUGCAAUAACUGCUUCGUGUCUUUGCUAGCAGCUUUUCUCAUCUGUAACCCUGAUGAAUAAGAUGAAUUUUAAGGGUUUUACAACAUUUGCAUGGCACUCUUUAAUUCUACAUCUCAGACUGUGCUCCUGUAUUCAGUAUACAGCAGACAUUUUUCACACCUGCUUGGGCUGCCUUUCAUUCCAGAAUGUCUAGCUUGACUCAAGUAAGGGUUACUAAUUUAGAAAUGUAAGUUAGUCAAGCAUCCUAAAGAAUGGUUAGAAGCAGGUGUUUUAAAAUCUAUGUUGUAUCUAAGUCCUUGCCUAAAAACAUAUUUCAGUGUGGGAUGAAAAAUAGUUUCCUAGUUUUCCCAUGUUUGGUGAAAUGUUUGUGCUUUAGAGAUUAUCUGCCUAAUAUAAUGUUUGUUUCUGUUCAUUUUUCUGUAUAUAUAGCAUAUACCUGUUUGCAAAGGUUUAGGGACCUCUGGUAAAAUUAGAUAUUUUAUUGUUUUCUGAAGUGAUUAGUAAACACCCUUUGUAUCAACGAUUUUUGUUUAAAUAAUAUUAUUCUGCAACAUAUUACUGUAGAGUUACUUUGUAUUUGAUGUUGACAGUGUUUAUACUAACAUUAUCUAAAUAAUUUGACAGGGUUUUAUGUACUGUGCAUAAAAAG